GCUACGAACUAUAUUGUAUAUAGCCUUCGUUUAGACAUUGAACAAUUCAUCAGUUAUCUAUAGGUGGAUAAACGGGACCAUACUCCACAUAGGAGAAAGAACAAAUCAAACUAUUAUUAAUAAUGGUAAAAAAAAAAUAUUCAGUACUAUUCUCGGUUUACACAUUCCUCUAUUUAAAGGAGGCAAACGAGCUCAGAAGGAAAGCCAUUUACUCUCAAAAACUCAAACACUUAGAGACAAUACAAAUCAUCGGUAAAAAGAAUGGCGGAAGAGGCAUCUAGUUUGGUUGGGAUCGUUGAGACAACUGUAGAGCUAAAAUCUUCGGUGGAGAAGUUCCAUGACCUGCUUGUCGGGAGACCACACCAUAUGUCCAAUGCAACUCCAUCCAACAUUCAGAGCGCUGAGCUUCAAGAAGGCGAGAUGGGCCAAGUUGGCGCCGUCAUCCUCUGGAAUUACGUUCAUGAUGGGGAGGCAAAGUCGGCGAAACAAAGGAUCGAGUCAUUGGAUCCGGAGAAAAAUCGGAUCACGUACAGGGUGGUAGAGGGUGAUUUAUUGAAAGAGUACACGAGUUUCGUGACGACCUUCCAAGUGACACCUAAGGAAGGAGAACCUGGAAGUGUUGCACAUUGGCACUUUGAGUAUGAGAAAAUUAACGAGGAGGUGGCUCACCCUGAAACUCUCCUCCAGUUGGCAACCGAAGUCUCUAAAGAUAUGGAUGAACAUCUCUUAUCCGAGGAAUAGAGGAAGAUUCAAUAUGUAUCUAUUCUAUAUAUGUGUGUGUGUGUGACGUCUUAAGCACGUCUGCUUAACUAAGUUUUUGAAACUGCAAUAAACACUGAGCCGCACGUGCCCGAGCUCGUGUAAGAGAUAUCUGUUGGUGUGUGUCAUACGUACGUGUAUUCAUACGUCUACGUUUGAAGUAAUUAAUUUGAACUUAAUUUGAAGCGAGGAUUAUUUUUUUCUCACCAAGAAUUUUGUUUC